AUGAAUUAAGAAGAGAGAUUAAACGUGACUAUUGGACUCCACAAGGACGCAUUCCUUGGAUUAAGUGGUAUUUUCAGUGAAGUUUAUGCAGGCCAACUAACUAAGAUUGUUCAAAGAUUCUAAGAAAUUGGGCCAAAUGAUGUUUUGUAACUAGUUAUCUAAAGAGAUGAGAACGGAAGAAAUCCUAUUGAUCUUGCUGGGUUCUUGGGAUUCAAAAAUAUAUUCUUGUAUCUUUUGACAAAUCUAGGCACACCUAAUGAUGUUAUUCAUUAAGAAAUCAAUGUUGAUAAUCAAGGAAGAAAUCUUUAUCAUCUAAUGUGCUACAGAGGAAAUUACGAAUGCAUGAUUUUAAUUUUGAACAUUGAGAGAAUAUACAUGAAAAAGACCCUCUUCGACCAGCUGUACAGAGAAAAACAGAGAUACAGAUUUAAGAAUAUGGAUAUUAAGCAUGGAAAAUUAGUUUCUACUGUUUUCCAUGAUGCUGAUACUAUUAAGAGGCACGAAGAAUUCAAUAUUAGAGUGUAAAAUUUGUUUGAACAAUAUGAGAGAGAUCUUGUCAACAGACUGAGAUCAAUCCUGUGCCAAUAGGAUUAGUUCAGAAGAAACCCUAUCCAUUAUGCAGCAAUGAGCAAGUUUACUAAAUGUUUCAAAUGUAUCGAAGCUUUGUUGAAUAUAGAUAUUGAUAAAGUUGAAGGAUAUGAUUCCUUUUUGUCUUUGUUCUUUGAACUAUAAUUAUUAGAGGUUUCAGAUGAGAGAAAGUUUGACCCAAGAAAAUACGUGGGUGUUUUAUCUGAAUUCAAACACUUGAUGGAUCCUAUUGAGUAUAAUUCUAUAGUCAAGGACUUUAACUAUCAAGCCAAACUUUUACUCAAGGAAAUCCUUGACAAGCAAGAUUAAAAUUAUCACUCACCUUUGCAUGUUGCUUCAUACUUUGGAGAUUUUAAAGCCUCUAGAUUUAUGGUCAAAUUAGGUGCGGACCCAAACUCACCAACUUUCUCAGAGAGACCUCUUGAAGUUGGUAAAGAUAAAUUUGUAAGAGGUGUUCUCCAGAACCUGAAUGACGCUGCUACUCAAGCGAAUGUUAAGGACUUAAAGCAUUUGGUUAACUGUGGAAACAAAAUUGAUAACAAACUAAGUAUUUUUGGCGAAGCACCAAUCCAUAAAGCUGUUCUUACUCAUGUUGAAAAUAAGGCUUAAGCAUUGCAUACAAUUAUUGAAAGUAAAGCAAAUGUAGAUAAUAUGGAUUCAAAUGGCUGGACAGCAUUACAUCAUGCAGCAUAUAGUGGAGAUUUUGAGUCUGCUUAGAUCCUUAUUAAUAGUGCAGCAAAGGUUAACGCUUAUAGUAAUCAAUAAAAGACUCCACUUCAUUUUGCAGCAUUGAACAACCAUACUUAGGUUAUUUAGCUUUUACUAGGCUCCAAAGCUGAAAUAGAGUGGAUGGAUGAAUAAAAGUGCACUCCAUUACAUCUUGCCUGCAAGAAAGGUCACUUAGAAAGUGCUGCUAUACUUCUCAACAGUGGUGCAUAUAUUUAUGCCUAGGACUUCAGAUAAUGGAAUCCUCUCCACUAUGCCAGCUACAAUGGUCAUAGAAAGGUAUGCAACUAUCUUCUUAAAUGGGAAGCAGAUAAGGACACUUUAAGAGAUAUGAAAAACUCUCAAGGAAAGAUUGCUAUUAAUAUAGCUAAAAACCCUGAGACCAAGAAAGGAUUUACCCACAUAUGGAGAGCUUGCAGAGAUGGAGAUCUUGAUCUAGUAAGGAUACUAAUAAGAGAAGGUUAAAGUUUUGAUGAAUAAACUUAGUACCUUUAAAAUACUCCAAUGCAUAUUGCUGCAAAGCAUGGACAUUACCUGAUUGUUAAAUAUCUAAUGGAGAUCGGAGCGAAUCCAACAAUUUAAAAUAAGGAGGGUUUGACACCAUUUGAUUAUGCCGAUGAUGCAAAGAGAUAAAUAGAGAUAUAACUGGCUUAGAGCAAGAAUAAGAUUGGUGGUCCAGGCUUUAACAUGGACAAGACUCUGUCAAAACUAGAAAAUUUGGAUACAAUCAAGAGAUAGAUUGCCAGAUCUUAGGAAGAAGAGCUGAACUCUAAAAAGAUUAUUUUAGCCUCUGCUUCAGUUAAUAGAAAAUAAAUAAUAGAUAAAGCUGGUAUAAAAUUCAUCUAGUCCCCAAGCACGUUUGAAGAGAACAUGCCUCAUUCAGAUUUUGCAACUAGUAUUGACUAUGUUACUAAGAACACUGAGAUGAAAUUCCAUAACAAAUUGAAUGAGUUAAGAUUAAAUAAUGAGACUACAGAGAUUAUGAUUGCUGCAGAUACUAUCAUAUCUCUUGACGGAAGGACUAUAAUAGAGAAGCCGUCGGAUAAAGAAGAUGCAGUGAAGAUGCUUUUGAGAUAUAAUGAAUUUGAGUACCAUGAGGUGUAAACUGCUGUGUUUAUUGGCAUGUUUAAUCAAGAUAUGGAAUUAGUAAAGCUUGAGUCAUUCGUUGAUAUUACAAAGGUAUAUUUUACUAAGUUGGAUGAGGAAACAGCUCGAGCAUAUGCAGAAACAGGAGAACCUUUUGGUAAAGCAGGUGGUUAUGGAAUACAAGGACAAGGUGCUACUUUAGUUGAGAAGAUUGAUGGAGAUUUUUAUAAUUUAGCUUAGAUGGUGAAUAAAAUCGAUGUUGAACUUUCAGGGUCUCCAGCAUUCCCAGAUCCUGAUGGCAACGCUGAAUAAGAAACGCCUUAGUAGCCUAAACUCUCAGAAUAAAGUAUUAAAGCAGCUAAAAAUUUAGUAUCGAAACAACCUCUCAAAAGGUCAUAAACAAGACUCAUUAAUAAGAUUGAAGGAUUUUUUUAUUUGACAGAAAGAAUUUUACUUGCACCUUAUCCUGAUGACAAAACCAUUGAAAAAAUGGCUAAGCAUUUAAAUGAUAAGCAUUCUAAUCAGUAUAUUGUCAUGGAAUAUUCAUUCCCUGGCUUACCUUGCCCAUCUCUUGAUGUCUUAUUUAUGAUUUGUAGCUCAAUGCAAUCGUGGCUUAAUAUGGACGAAUAAAACGUUAUAGUAUUGCACUGUCAGGGAACAAAGGGAAGAAGCUUUCUAAUGGCAGCCUGCUUCAUGGCUUACUUUUAUUUUAAAGAAUUUAGUGGGCCCAAGGACACAUUAAAAAUGAUCUGCUAGAUUUCGAAUGAAAUAUAGGAUUAAAUACUUUACCCCUCUCAGUUCAGAUAUCUCAACUACUUUGAUGAGGUUUUACACGGUUUUAUUCCAUUAAAUAAGCCUUUAAUAUUGUAAAGAAUAAUCAUGAAUGGUAUACCUUAAAUUGAAGAUGAUGAUGAGUAGCUAAAUACUAGUGGAGUCAGUGAUGAUGAUAUAAUAGGUGGCGGGGAAGGUAAAAAUUAAAGAUAGAGGUUGCUGUGUGCUCCUUACAUUUAGAUCUUCAAGAAUGGACAAAGAUUAUUCCAAACUCUUAAGAAAAAUUAAUUACCAGAAUGCUAUUACAAUAAGGAUUCUUGUGCAAUAUUUGAAAUCGGUCAAAGAGUUGAAAAUGAUAUUUUGAUCAGAUUUCGACACUUCAAAAGUAAUCAGGCUAAAGUCUCGAUGUUUAGAGCAACCGUUCAUACCAGCUUUGCAUAAGAUAACAUAAUUAGAUUAACAAAGGAGGAACUAGAUGGAUCUUUUAAGGGAGAUUCUAAGAAGCGAAAGUAGACUGCACCAGAGGAAGAAUACAAAACUCCACACGAAAUGGAUGGUGAGCUAAGACUUUCCAUUCUAGACUUCGAAGAGGAGGAGAGAAAGCUGAUGGCUGGUUCUAAAAAUCUUGAAAAUAAAGAUGACUACUGGAUAACUUUAAGUUAGCAAUUAUAAGACAGACUUGAUGAUGAUAAAACAAGAAAAAGAAAGCUAGAGUAAUAACAAAAGCAGAGGGAUAGAAUGCAGUCCUCAAAAACUUAAGAUAAACUUUAAUACUAUGAUGAGGAAAAGGUUAAUCAGAUUUUGCUCAAUCAUAAUCGGAAAAGUGAUCCUAUGAAAGUGAUGGUGAGUCCAGAUAAAACUGUAGCAUAAACAUCUUCUGUCCACAUCUAAUAGAUUAGCCCACCAUAAUAAAGCAAUCAGAAUGCAGAUGAUAUUGAAACAUUUACAAAGAAUCCAUUCCAGUUACCUGAAGAAGAACAUGAGAUUGAGCUGACAAAUAAUCAACCAAAUCAAAAUUUAAUUAGCGUUGAAGAGUAGAAAAUGAUUCAACAAAUGAUUGAAACUCCAGGGGGAGUGGAUGAUGAUGAUAUUGUUGAUUUAGAUAACUAUCUUGACAAUCUAGAGAAUGACAGUGAUUGA